AUGUCUCGACGAACAGCAGCUAUCGAGGAAUUCGACGACGACACAGACCUUCCACUGCCAUCUCGGCCUCUUCUCGGCACUGGCUCUCGCACCGCCAUUCUCGAGGAGAUCACCACCUCGGAUGACCAGGACAGCUCCGUCGAGGAUGACGACGACAAUGACGGAGGCACAGCGCCAGGACCUGCCUCGUCCUUUAGGUCUGCACCAUCCACAAUCUCCGAUGCACUACCCUCGAAUACUAUCACAGACAUCACGCCGUAUAAGCAUUGGGCGUGCAUAUAUCCUAUUUAUAUAGACGCAAAACGUCCAUACGGAAACGGAGAACGCAGGAUCGCGCGGGAAAAGAGCGUGUGGUGGCCUCUCAGUAAGGACAUUGCGGACGCGACAAACCGUCUCGGGCUAGGCACUAUACACGAAGUUAACAAAGUCCAUCCACGGGACUGGGAGAACCCAGGACGCGUUCGUGUUCAAUGGAAGAAAGACGGCAGGUUAAUCAACAAUGCCAUUGGCACGAAGAGGCAAUUGUUGGAGAUGAUAUCGUUACAGAUACAGCGGAUCAAACCCGACAAUAUUCCACGACCACCGUACACGGUGUCGGCCCUACAGCCCACCACACUGGCAGCUCCCGUAGCCAAGGCACCUACUUCGAACAAGGGAAAGCAGCCAGUCAAGUCGAAGACGGGCACAGCUGCCGCUCUGCAGCCUCAGAAGCCUAAGUCGCAACGCUCGCCUGUGCCCCCUGAGCCUCACCCGCCGCUCGCGAGCAGACUACCCGCAUAUUCACCAGCAUUACCCACGGGAGUGUUGAUCGAGACGGUGAAAGCUGGCAUGAACGCGCCGGAUCAAGGCGCCGGACUGGGCCCUGGAAUGGCUGGAGGGAGCAUGCAGAAAGGCAAACGAAAAGUGAUUAGAAUGAGAGGAUAG